AUGGAUAAAUGCCAUUACAGCACCGACAUUCAAACCACCGCAAACAUAUCCUUCACCCGCGAACCAAACGAACCCCUCUAUCACUUCCUCCAGCGCCUACCGCCACGAGACCUUGCCUCGGCCACCCCAUCACAUCUUCUCCCACCAUGGCUGUGGAUCACCAACCCUCAUCUCACGCCUCAAGAUCGAAAGAGCCCACCCGAUUUGGAUGCUUUCCUCCGUGAUGGUGGGGAAUUGUUAGCGGGGUUUCGAGAGGCUGCAGCGAAAGUGGAAACGUCGACUCCUCAAGAUCGUGGGAAUAUGGCUACGACGAAGCUUAUGGAAGAGUUACGAGAGAGGUUGCGGAAACGGAUCAUGGAGGUUGCGAAAGACUCGGGAGUUACUAGUGGAAAGUGGAUGCUCUUCCCCCAUGAGAAGGAGGUCAAUGAAGUGUGGCGGACGGUAUGUGAAGGGGUUGAGGCUGGACAAUUGGGCACCGGAGCGAAAGUGGCGACUGCGGGGAUAGGACAAAAUCCAACGCGUCUGAUAUGCGUAUAUACUGUGGACUUUACGGAUGUUGCAGAUGUUGGAAGGGUAUUGUUUGGGUUGGUGAAUUUGGGUCUUGUCCCAGCGGAUAUGUCGAGGGAAAUCACGUACAAGUGUGAUGCAUACACGUAUUUGGGGAUUUACCACGGAAAUGAGUACGGUCUAAGGAAGAGUAUUUGGGGCGGUUCGGAGAUCAUGCCGAUGAUGAGGCAAGAAAUGGACUUGGAUUGA